GAAAGGGUUUUACUGCCGGCGGAAGUAGGACACGGUAACAGCUCUGAAUCGUUAGCUGAACUUUCAUUUCCCAAGCUAGUACAUUGGUUAUGGCGACGUUUUUUGGUGAGGUUUUGUCCGUAUAUUCUCGGGCUGUUGAGGACGAUGAUGAGGAGGAGGAACUUGAUGAAAACGAAGAAGAUAAACAAAUCCGAAGGGAACUAGAGGAAAAGAGGGAGGUUCAUCUGAACUGGACACCUGAAGUCUCUGAGGUGCUGAGGUCUGGGAACAAGUUGCAGUGUGCAGACUUUAUUCUCGCCGUGGGGCACAACGCUGCCAGGUUUUUGUCAGUGUAUGUUCUCACCUCUGAAAACUGGGAUGUGGUGGGUCGGGCAUCAUUGUGGAAUGAGAGAAGUCGGCCUGCAGCUGGGAAAAGCAGUGAGGACUCAAUAUGUGUUUUUUACAGAAAUAAGGACAACCCUUCAGUUUUGAUUUGCCAAGUCACUUGCUACAUUGCAGAAGAUCAGCUUUUUCAGUGGGCACAAAAGGUUUUUGACUGUCUGCAGCACAGAGGGCUGAAUGUGACUGUGCUGUCAGACGCCUCUGUGGCUGAUUAUAAGACAGCAGACUAUCUGUGCAGCAGCACAGCUCCGUUCCUUCGCUCUCUGCACACCACUGCUUUCAGUGGGCAGCCUGUCUGCCAGUCUCUGGAGCAACCCAACAUAAUUACUGGACUUUCAGCUGCAGUACUGAAUCACUGCCAGGUCCACCGUAUUGCCGCUAUUGCUUACAAUUGCUACAGUGAUAUAAUUGGCCCCGACUCUGUCACCAUGGAGACCUAUAAACCCGCACUAACCAGGAUUGGCAAGUCCAUACAGCUGGACUCAUCUCCGAGCACAGACAUCCUCCGCAAGUUUGUCAAAACCACUGACAUCCAGAGUAAUCUUUACAUCUGAAAAGACCAGGUUGCACAAUGUGCAGUGCAAUUUUACUGUAUUUUCCUGUGGUAAAAUACUCUAGUCAUUUUGUAUAAUAAAGAUAUUAAACAAAUUCCCUGUA